AUGCAUCCCCGUGUUGCUAAACUUUACUUGGAUUUUAUGCAGUUGGCCCCACAUGCCACGACAUUUUGUGGGUCCACUACGGCGUACAGGGCUGCUGUUCAAGAGGGUUUCAGCGCCACUCGAGUAGUGCCUGGCACACCGGAGUUUGCUCAUAGCUUAGCUAAAGGUCGCUCUGUUCUUGGGCGUCUGCAAGAUCUCAUAACCGUACGGAAGUAUCGUGCAAUGAUGAAGCGAUACAGCUGGUCUAGCUAUAAGAAUAAACAGGAGUUGGUGGCGCUACUCGGAGAGACGAAGGCUCAGAGUGAGUUGCUGGGCCUCAAUAACCGAGACGUUUAUGGUUACGAUGAUCACUACUGUCACCAUGCACCCAGUAAACCAAUGGGGGGUGAGGGUGAUUUUUCUGAAAAAUAG